AUGGCUUCGUCAGUGCCAGUAUUUCGUUCUACAAAGGAAACCACUAACUACGCAAGGCUGUGUCGUCUUCUGGUAGAUGUUGGGUCACAAGUCCUAAGACAGAAAUUUGACAGUAUUUGUCCGCCAGCUACCCUUAACAGUUAUUUGUCGAGUCCUGCAGUACAAACAACCCUAAGAACGCUUAAGGCGAGAAGAGUUUUGAAUCCUUCACAAUGGGACAAACUGUAUCCGCCCGUCGGCACAGUUUCAGUUUCAUCAAGGGACUUUGACAUCACCCUGCUAAUGGUUCUGUUAAGAAACAUCUGUGGUUUAACCACUCCAGCUUCAGGGUGGGACUGCCUUCCACCUGCUACAGAUUUAACUGCCGAAGCUGAUAUUGCUCGUAUAAAGUGGUACAGAAAUACAGUGUACGGUCAUGCCAGUCAAGCCUCAGUUGAUGAUGCCACCUUUGCAAGCUGUUGGACGGACAUUAAGGCUACUUUGGUAAGACUGGGAGGGGCGACAUAUGGACCUGCAAUCGACCUUCUCGAAAAUGCGGGUAUGGACCCUGUCAUUGAGGAACACUACAAAAACCUUCUGAAACAAUGGAAAGUGGAUGAACAUAUCAAAGAUGCGCUCAGUGAGAUGGUGGAGAAGCUGGAUGAACUGAAGGCGGCGCUGCCGCAGCCGGCAGAAAAGUCGACGCUGAGCGAAAACGGUAAGUUAUGACCAAACUAUGACGCCAUUAAUACACUCUACAUUAGACUUAUCUAAUACUAUCGAUGUUUCAGAUUGACAAUGUACAAUUAAUAUCAGGUCCUGAGGUACACCUCACCAGAGACAAAGAAUCAAAUCAAAAGGUAAUCCAAGAGAGUCUUGGAUUCUAGGGUGCGUUCCUUUGGGAUGAUCUGGAUCAGGAUCAGUGAUCCGAGAUCACUCGGAUCAUGGUAGAUCAAAUGAACCGAUAAAUCCACUCUGGACAAGGAUUCAUCCGAUCAUUUGAUCUACCAUGAUCCAAAUGAUCUCGGAUCACUGAUCCUGAUCCGGAUCAUGUCAAAGGAACGGACCCCUAGAUUCCACGCUGUGGAUUACGGAUUUCAGGUACUGGAUUUCAAAUUCCUUCUUGCCAGCGGAACUUGGAUACCGGAUUCCAAUCAUUUCCAGGAUUCCAGAUUCCUGGAGAGCUGAAUUCCGCACUCCAAAGCCCAGGACUGUGUUUUCCGCCUGUGUUUUUCUGUGUUUUUUUGUAACCCGGAUUACCUAACAUGGAGUGAGAGGGUAUCGCUAAGUCUAACUACAAAGCGACAUUAUGAGUAUUGACAACGUUUACUGCAUUGCAAGCUGAUAAGAAGUGUUUGUGACUCAUUUAGCCAACUCAUUCUUAGCUCGAUAACAGUCGUAUCUGAAAACAGCUUAUUUGAUUGGCCUUGCGUACUUGUCAACUUUCUGAACUCAAUUUUACGAUUUUGGACAACAUUUGAAUUGAACUGUCAAGCACCCUACCAAUCAGGUUGCAGACAGUUUUGUAUCUAUAUUAGCUAACUAAGGAAUUUUCAAGGGAAAAAUAAUUCAUUUCAAUGUCCCAUUUUACUCGCAUACAGAUCCAAUCUUCGUUCAAGAGUGUCAAAGGCAGCUGCGCUCCCACUAUAACACUACCAUGAGCCAGGUUAGAAUCACCCCUUGGGAGAAAGAUAGCAUUGUCAACAUCGAAGACGUUUACACCAAAUUAUCCUGGUGGAGACAUGUAAAGAGACCCAACGGAACAACCAAUCAGGAAAUUAACGACUAUACCGAGGUAUUCGAAGGUUAUGGACGUUCUACCAGCCCUAAAAGGAUACUUGUCUACGGAAGGACUGGUAUCGGAAAAUCGACCUUUUCUCAGAAAAUUGCCGUCGACUGGGCGAACGAAAAGGAAGAGGUCUUGAAACGGUUCGAUGUUUUACUUGUGGUAAGGUUGCGAAAUGCGUUGGAUGCCCAAGACAUGCCUUCUUUAAUAAAAGCUUCUGACCUUUUUGCUGUUGAUGGAUCGAUUUCAGCUGAGAGCGUUUAUGAUUACGUUCGCAGCCACCAAGAAAGGGUGUUACUUGUAUUUGAUGGCUACGACGAGUACAGUGCGAAUGGGACAUUGAUUCGUGAGAUUUGGCGAGGGAGACAGCUAAGAGAUUGUCACGUGUUAAUAACGACCAGACCACUGGAGGGCGACGAACUUAUUAUCCCAAGCAAUGUGCUGUAUGAGAUCAAAGGGUUUGUCCACAAGGAACAAGUGAACGAUUUUGCGCGGAGGUUUCUCGACAGCGAAAGAGAGCUGGAAUUAUUUGUCUGUUACCUAAACAAUGAGAACCUCUGGGACUUAGCGGAGAUUCCCCUUCUUCUUCUGAUGCUUUGCUUGAUUUGGAAGAACAGGUAUGUAAAAAAACUACCAACAUCCAAGCUAGAACUGCAUGACAGAUUUGUCGAGACUUUGCUUUGUCACAUGAGCUUGAAGAAUCCCGACAGCCCACCGUUGAAUAACCAAAAUGUUUUCCAUGCUUUCAGUGAAGAGAUUACCGCCUUAGGAAAGUUGGCGUUUGAAACUCUUUUGAAAAACUCCGUAUAUGUAGAUCUUGAAAACAUUAAACUUCAAAGUGAUGGCCUCGCCGACAAAAUGAUCCGUUCAGGUCUCUUUCAAUUUUCUAAAAUGUCAAGUCCAGAUACUACCAAAACCAUAGUAUUUCUUCACAAAUCAAUCCAGGAGUUUCUGGCAGCACAGUAUUUGAUGAACACGCUAACUGUGAAAGAGAGCAAGAUACCCACUACUGCCGCAGGGAUUAAUUCAUUUAACAAGGCUUUAGAGAUGAAGGAGGUACUUAGAUUUCUGUGCCAGUGGUCUACGGAAGGAGCGAGAGCAGUCUUCAACCUUCUUAGGUCUCUUGGAGAAAAGGAAUGUCUGACAAAGUGCCAGUUUUCUAAGACGCCUUCUUUGGACGAUCUGUCACUGUACCAAAGAUUGUUGCGGGAUUUAAGUUUGGAGUGUUUAAUCAGUUGUUCGGUGUCCUCUAGGCGAGACAUUUAUCCUUUGUUUCUCUCGGCCACAGAUGGUGUUAUAUCAGUGAAUAGCUAUAAUAUCGAAAACGUUGCCUCUCAGCAUCUACUGCAAUCUUCUCCUUUACCGAACUAUGUGUUUUUCGAGCAUGGCACUUUUGCUGAGUUUGUUUCAAUAUCUCAAGAUGUAGACGCUGUAGUUCUUACCUGUUCUGCCCUUAAAAUCAAAGCUUUUCAUUAUCUUCAAAUGUGUGAAGUCUCGGCGUUUCGGACGGAACACUUCUUUCUAAAACGUAAAGGGGACAGGCUCUUUCUUUAUUUCACUCGAAUCUAUAGGACUUUUCGUCGCAACUAUUUAGAAAUGCUGAGGGACCUUACAUCGACAUUGUAUGAGUCUAUUCCUAGAGGAAAGCGGAACCUUGCUGAGCUUCCUGAAGGUCACUGUUUUUCAUUAGUCAGGGAAAUUGAGGUUUUCGUUAUGUGGACAAGUGAAGAGUUAUCGUACAUAAACGACAUGUUGUCUGUUGCAGCGUCUCCGCAAGACAUCAUUAUAAAGCACAUACGGGUAGAAAAUGAUGUUGUAUCUAACAUCAACUUCACCGAAAACCUUGGUAGAUUAGUUCUGUACGAUCUUGAAAUGUCAGAGGACGAUGCUGCUCUCUUAGCUAGUUCAAUUCGUCAAGCUCCCAACAUGUACUCAUUGAAAGUGUCCCGCUGUCCUUUGCAUGGUAGUAUACGGAUUUUGUCUGCAAAUCUUCGCCAUGUUCCACUGUUGAUAUAUUUAACUUUGUCUCGAGUCCGUAUGGAUGAUCAAGAAUGCUCCUUUUUAGCGUCUUCAUUGCAGCAUGUUCCUCGGCUAAGAGUUCUCAAUUUGUCCAACAAUCCACUUGGUAAAGGAAUCACUGACUUUGCUCGACAGUUGUAUCGCAUUCCUGAUCUGCAACAUCUAAACAUAGAAAAAACAAGAACAGGUGAAAAAGAAGCUAAAGCCUUAGCUCAAGAGCUAAGAUCAGUGCCAAGACUACGAACUAUUCAACUAGGAUUAAAUCCAAUCGGAAAAGGGGUCAGUGAUCUCGCGAGAAGUCUUCAUGACCUUGAAGAGCUACUACAAGUGGACUUCAAAGACGUAGAAAUGUCGCAAGAAGAAGUUGAUGCUAUAUCGGACGCACAACGUGGAAUAUAUAUAACCUCUUAUCACGUAUGUUUUCCUUUUUACUAGUCAUAUCUUAAGUUAAUUUCGGUAGUAUCUUGCGUAGCAGACACAUGAAAACUUUAGGGGUAAAAGCUAAAACGGCGGCGCUACUGCUUUGCUUUUGCGAGUCCUCCCUCGCACAUCGCUGAUCUCGCUCCCCAUGCUGCUGUUGCUGCACAGUCCCAUGCUAGCUUAAAAAGAAAACUUUGUCACCAUUGAAUGGUAAGGAAGGGGUUAUUAAAUGGGGCGUUGUUACUAAGUCAUUGAAAUUCUUCCUUGAUAAAGACAACCACCAACUGGGCCUUAUGAAUAUGUUUUGUCGCCUUCCCUUUUCCCUGACCCCAGAUGUCUCGUGGAAGUGUUUUCGAGGCACAUCAACUGAUUAUAUAUAGCACACCUGAAUGUAACGCGAUUAGCGUCGAUGUGAAUUCAUAUAUGAAUUCUUAGCUAACCCGUACUAGAAAGGAAGGUGAUAUCCAUUGGGUGUGGCCGCACGGAAUUCUUGUGCAUUAGUGGUUAUCGAUAUUAUGCAGUGUAAUGUAUAUUGUGAUAUUACACUGCAUUCCACUUUAGCAGGUUGCAAGGUUGAGAUUUUGGCCAGAGUGUUACCGUGAUAAAUCAGAGUUAUAUUUUCUUACAGGGGGAUUCAUUCUCAAAAUAUAUCUUCCUUUUCAAGAGUGUUAUGUCACGAAUUCUUGGCAUCCAUUCACAUGUGUCAUGGGACACUUAAAAAUUAUGUGCCCCUUAAACAAUUCUCUUGUCUGUCGAUAAGAGUUUAAGCUAGGAACGUUACGCCGUUAGGAUAGAAGUGGAGGCUGAAGGAGCUUCGCUUAGUUUUUUUUCUUUUUCUUCCUUUCUUUUUUUCAAAUGGUCUCGGCGUGAAACAGUUGUCUAAAGAAAACAAAAAAAAUACAAGCUAAAGAGUCUAUCCAGUCUAUCCAUGAACUUCGUGUACCGUUAGAUUGGCAUAUGUAAGAACAUCUGCUUAACAUCCUUCGACUGUUUUAGGACCUCCAGGGAAGACCCAAGGCGAAGGACGAUUGGCCCGCAUUCGCUGAUCCACAUUACAAUAAUGAUGAUUAUGAUGAUGAUGAUGAAUCAUUCAUUUCAUGCACUUUUGGUGGUGAUGAUGAUGAUGAUAAUGAUUACACAGAACUGGAUGGACUGUGCUCAUCUUCCUGCUGUGGUGAAUUUUCCAUGGUCAGUUGAAACCCUGCCCAAAUCAAUACAGUUAGCCUCCACGCAAAUUAGUAACUACCAGGAGCCCAUAACCUGGAGCGAGAAACUUCCAUGCACUCUUGUCACGGCGUUUUCAUGGACCAGUUUAUUUUUAGAACGGUUUUGGCGCGAAUUUUGAAUAUCUUUUAAAUUCCACAAACAGUCAGCAAAACCUAC